AUGUGUAGUAGUAUUCUUUUUUCCCCUUCUGAUUGCUGCAAGCAGGCUCAGCUACCAGUGGACAUGAGGGCAUCACUGGCACCCAGCAGUCAAAAUAACAUCCCCGUAUCAGUUAGGCAGGCACAGCCUUACUGCAUGGCAGAACACUUCUUAAGAAAAGCAAAUCUACCAAUUAUUCGCAGAACUGCAGAAACGGAGUUGGAUGUUGCUGAUGCAAUUAAUAUUGAAAGAGAGGUUGCUGAUAGGUCAAACAGCAAAGUAGUAUAUUUGAACUUGAGUUCCCAGGAGAUAUUGCAUCAUUCAGAUGACAGUAAGUGUAUUAGAGCCAAAGAAUCAGAUACUUCAUCCCCUUCAGAAAUCUCUAUUGAUAGGCAAGACCAAGGUACUGAUGCGUGUUCAUCAGAUCCUGUGGUUGUGGAAGCACUUAGAAAUGCAGGCCUUUUAUUUGAUUCCUCUUCAAGUAGUCCACAUCAUACAACCGAAGUCCCUAAUGAGGUAGAUGAUUCCCCAGAAAAAAUCAGGGAAGAGGAGCCUGUUAAUGUAUUUGAAAUGGAUUCUCAUUUGGGGGCAGAUAUUUAUGGUGAUUUUGAGUAUGAUCUAGAAGAUGAAGAUUAUAUUGGUGUUACUGCUGAAAAGGCUCCUAAGCUACAACCUGAAGGUGUGUCAAAAAUGAAAGUAGUGUUCUCCACCGUUAGCAUGGAGAGGUCAAAAUCAAAUAACCUUGCAGAUUCAGAGGAUCAUGAGAAGUUGGGGAAUUUUGUGGUACCCGAUAAUUCUUCCUGUUUGCUAAAGUAUAAGAAUGAUGCUGUGAUCAAAUGCUCAACUGUGGAUGAUGGGACUGUUAGGUCUUGUGCUGUUCUGGAAUCCUUACCUGAUGAGGAAGGUGAAGAGCUUUCCAUUGCAGAAUGUGAAGAAUUAUAUGGCCCGGACAAAGAGCCACUGAUAAAUAAAUUUUCAGAAACAUCCCAAAAGAUAUAUGGAUUGGUUCAUGCAGAAGCUCCGGUAGAGAACACAGCUACUAAUGAUAACGAAAAACAUGUAUUGCAUCAUAGAGUAAAUGCAUCUAAACCUGGAAUUCAGAGCAACGAAGGAAAUAAAGUUGUUGACACACUUAGUCAUGGCUCAUUUGGUGGAGAAAGUUCUGCUGACCAAAUUCAAACAGUUGAAAAUGUAAAAGAAAGAGAUCAGAAAUCCAAUACAGAGACAGACAAGCAGUCUGAUCAUGCUAAUCCUGUAUCCAAGAAGGUGGAGGCCUACAUCAAAGAACAUAUUCGGCCGCUUUGUAUAAGUGGUGUGAUAACAACUGAACAAUAUAGGUGGGCCGUGGCAAAAACCACCGAAAAGGUUAUGAAAUACCACUUGAAUGCCAAGAAUGCUAAUUUCUUAAUCAAGGAAGGUGAGAAGGUAAAGAAACUUGCUGAGCAAUACAUCGAGGCAGCCCAGCAAAAGGAAAAAGGUGAUCUUCAAUGAUAACUUUCAUAUAAUUCCUUAAAGCACUUGCGCAUUUCUUUCAGAACUUCCAUCCCCCCGUGUUUUGGUCGUUAAAUUGUGGAUGGUUGAGGCCUUGAGGUGGCACAUGCAUUUUAUAAAACGAGAAUUUGACAUAAACAAACUUGAUUAGUAGGCCUGCCUUGGAUGUGUAUUUGCCCUUGUAGUCAUAGCUUGUGAGAUUUAUGCUGAGGAAUUUAUGUUAGGCCAACGCAUGAUGUCGAGAAAAUGUAAAUCUGCAGCUGAGAUUUUCAUAUCAAAGAUGGUGACAUGCGCUAUACGCGCAUUAUCAGAGCAUGGAUGGCGUUUCUUUCUCCUUCAACUCAAGAAGCACAUUAACAAUUCCACUAC